GUGUUCUGUUGAUGGGGAUUUGGCGCGUAAAUACAAUUUUUGCUUUCGAUUGACUUGUGGUUGCAAUAAGUGAUUGUUAAUAAAGAUUUCAGCUUCAAGUAAAAUUAUAAAGUAAAUAGCUGAAGCAUGAAGUGCAAAAUACCCGAAAUAUCUUGGCACAAUCGCGAUCCAGUGCUGAGUGUUGAUAUACAGCCUCAAUCAGUCGGGCUGGCAGAAAAAUCCAUUGCUAAACAUCGCCUUGCCUCUGGUGGAACGGAUGCCCACGUACUCAUCUGGUACAUGAAUUAUACCGAGAACGAAAACGAUAUAGAGUUAGAAUUAGUUGCAGAUCUAACGCGCCAUCAGCGUGCUGUGAAUGCUGUGAAAUGGUCACCAAAUGGCGAACUGUUAGCAUCCGGAGACGACGAGAGUGUCGUAUUUAUUUGGAAGCAGAAAGGUGAACUGGAACCGUUGAAUAUAUUAGACAACACUAACGAACAAGACAAAGAAGUAUGGAUUGUUUUGAAGGUAUUACGAGGCCACAUGGAGGAUAUUUAUGACUUGAGCUGGGCUCCGAACUCCCAGUUUCUCGUAAGUGGCUCAGUGGAUAACACAGCUAUUGUUUGGGAUGUGCACAAAGGCAAAUCAAUUGGCAUGUUGCGGGAUCAUAAGUCGUUUGUUCAAGGAGUGGCUUGGGAUCCAAAAAAUCAGUAUAUUGCAACACUAAGCUCAGAUAGAUUUCUGCGUAUUUUCGACAUACAAACAAAAAGGGUUCUGUAUCGUAUUAACAAAACAUCGCUGCCUGUGAGUGAGGGCCAUGAACUGCAUGGACAACGAUUGCGUUUAUUCCACGAUGACACGCUACAAACAUUCUUUCGUCGACUCUGUUUUACGCCAGAUGGCAAGUUGCUGCUGACACCUGCUGGUGUUGCGGAAAUUGAAGGUGUCGCUCAAUCGUUGCACACCACUUAUGUCUUUAGCCGUCACGCUUUUCGUCAGCCUGCUAUUGUAUUACCUUGUCCUGGACAGUACACUGUAGCGGUGCGAUGUUGCCCGAUUCUGUAUAGAUUGCGGCCACAUAAAGCCGAUGUUAAUCCACCAGUUGUGCCACUGCCUUAUCGCAUGAUAUUCGCAGUAGCUACACGUAGUUCGGUUUACUUUUAUGAUACACAGCAGCGCCAACCUUUUGCUGUUAUCUCGAACAUCCAUUACACCCGGUUGACCGAUGUAACCUGGUCAAGUGAUGGCCGCAUUGUGGUUGUAUCAAGCACCGAUGGUUUCUGUUCGCUAAUCACCUUUGAGGCAGGCGAAUUAGGAGAAGAAUAUGAAAACGCGGCACAAAUUCUUAGUGCCAAUGAUACAAGCGCAGUAGUAAAAAAAACCAAGAAGCAAAAGGAAAACGAUGGGCAAAGCGUAAAAGAGAGUAAAACAUCUACCGAUGAGCAGAAGGAGUCUGGUACGGCGAAGCGCGAUCCACUAGCUGAAAUACCCGAAGAGCAAAAAACUGAUGAAGUAAUAGAAGUGCAAGCAGUACAGCGAAAAUCCAUUGAAGACUCAAAAUGUGUGAAAGGCGAAGAAAAAGUUAUACCACCAACAGAUAAAGAUAUUGUUGGUAAUGACGCACUAAAGAACUCUAGUAAUUCUACAGCAGCUUUGGCAAUUACGAAAACACUUGGCGCUACAAUUAUUAUCGACAAAGAAAUUCUUAGUUCCGAUGAAAGAUUUGAAUCGCCGGAGAAAAAGAGUCGUCCAGUCACACCGAUAAUGGUUAGACGCACUCCCCGUGGUGCUCCAUUACCUAACAUAAUCAAAACCACUAACACACCAUCAACGAGUGGAGCUACUCUUAAUUCUACUAUGGCUACAAAUAUACCAGCACAGGGCAUUCAGUCUCCAGCAUCCGGUGCUAAACUAAGUGCUUGUGCAACGCGACAGUCUAAGAGUGCAACACCAAUAUCAGUGCGGCGAACGCCGCGUGCAAUUAUUGUAGCGCCAGCACCACCGGUUACCACAAGUGUGGAGGAAGUAGCGCUUGAUGCUUGGCCAACACCUAUGGAAGUGGACGAUGAGGGAUCUGCAAAGCAGACGGCACCGCAAUCAACAAAAGACGAUUUGACUGUUAAAUUGAAUGUUACUGGUACUUCAAAACCGGCCGUAAUCAACGAUACCACGCUGGAGUGCACAGAAGAUAUACGUUUGGUAUACGAGGAUUCCAUAGACAAUUCUAUGGCAGGUACUGCUAAGGCGACAACUGAACUAGGUAAUAAAGAUGCCGAAAAAUCUAUAGUUGCUGAGACAUCUACUACAAAUGAAGAUUCUAUGAAGACCCCAACACCGAAAACACCCAUAUCAAGCAAUAGGACGCCAAGAAGAGUGGCGCUCAAAACGAUAUCUACACCUAAGUCGAAGAAGAAAUUACUGGACUAAAAACAUAUAUUUCGUGAUUGUAGUUUCGUUUGUAAGCUGACGCUCAUUUAUGCCUACAUGAUUUUUAGUUGUAAGACGUUGAUGAUUUUAUGAACUAAUAAUAAAUACACGAUUCGCGAUUUGCGAUUAACUAAAUGCUAAUAAA